UGUUGGGUACAAUAGGAACUUGCUGCUGAAGUGAAAGUUGUUGGGAUCAGAGUCGAUCAGAGUGGUAGGUUCAAUUUAUUACUAUCCACCACGAAGAGAAAUAUAAGAGAUCGUGAUAUGACUGCUAUAGAAUUAUUAACACCGCAUUUGAAUAGCAUCAAGAUUCCUGAUAAUUCUCAGAAGAUAUACAAAGAUGAAUGUGUGUUUUCUUUCGAUACUCCUGAAACUGACACAGGUUUAUAUGUGAGCUUGAAUAACUUCCUUGGAUUUGGCCGAGACUAUGUAGAACGUAAUUACAGGAAAACUGGCAAUGCAGUGUACCUUCAUAUUCACCGAAUAAAGAAGGAGCUACCUUCUGAACAGCCAGGAGAUGGCCCUGAAAAGAAAAUAACGCGCUUGGCUAUCGGUGUUGAAGGUGGCUUUGAUCCUGAUGCAGGCAAGAAAAAAUUUGAGUAUGAGGAAUCUUAUUCCAUUGUGGUGUUACCAGAUUUUGUCAGUAUAUCUUGGCCAGAUCCACAACUUCCAGAAAUAGUGAAUGCUUCUGUGAAAGCAAUAAUCAAAGCUGAAUCUGCAAGUAAGCUUGCUGAACUUGAGGCCUUGGCUGUAACAUGGGAUGGCGAAGUCCGUGUGGUCACUAAGCAUGCUGAGAACUUGCUUCAGCUGGAUAAUGGCAAGAAGAUUCCACCCUGUGGAUGGAAGUGUGAGAAGUGUGACCUUACACAGAAUCUAUGGUUGAACCUCACUGAUGGAUCUAUCUUAUGUGGCCGCAAGUUCUACGAUGGCUCUGGAGGCAAUGACCACGCUGUUGAGCAUUACAGGUCGACAGGUUAUCCACUGGCUGUGAAACUAGGUACAAUUACGAAGGAUGGCAGGGCAGAUGUGUUUAGUUAUGAUGAAGACAACAUGGUGGAGGAUCCGAAUCUUAUUGUUCAUUUGGCACAUUUUGGAAUCAACAUUGCACAGAUGGAAAAGACUGAUAAGUCAAUGGUGGAGUUAGAGCUGGACUUGAACCAAAAGUUUGGUGAGUGGGUGGCGCUACAGGAAGCUGGCAGUCAGUUGAAACCGCUAUAUGGUCCAGGAUACACUGGACUGAUCAAUCUUGGCAACUCCUGUUACAUGAAUAGUAUAAUACAGGUCAUCUUUGUCAUUCCAGACUUUGUUAGAAGGUUUGUUGAGGGAUCUGCAGAAAUUUUUGAUUCUGCAUCUUCUGACCCGGCAUCAGACUUCAAUGUACAAAUGUCUAAGCUUGGAAUAGGUUUACUGGGUGGAAAGUACUCAAAAGUUCCGCCAGAGGGUUCAAAAGCCAAGCAGACAAACGAUGAUUUACAGCCUGGAAUCUCGCCACAUAUGUUCAAGUCUCUGAUUGGCAAAGGUCAUCCACUGUUCUCCACAAAGAGGCAACAGGAUGCACAAGAGUUCUUCCUACAUUUUAUCAACACACUUGAGAGGAACAGUCGUCAUCGAAACAAUCCGUCAGACUGCUUCAAGUUCUCUGUGGAGGAUCGUUUUCAGUGCAGUAAGUCAAAGAAAGUGAAGUACACAUACAGAACAGAAUACAGCUUGCCACUACCCAUUACUCUUGAAGCUGCCGUCAACAAGGAGGAGGUUGCAGCAUAUGAAGCUCAAAAGGCUGAAGUAGAGGACAAAGGACAGAGAUUAGACCCGAAUGUUCUGGUUCGGCCCAGGAUCAAGUUGUCGUCAUGUCUGGAAGCAUUCUCUGAAGCGGAGAUAGUUGAGCAUUUCUACAGUUCUGCCUUGAAUGAAAAGACAACUGCAAGAAAGACAACGCGUCUUGCAUCAUUCCCCGACUACCUCCUCAUCCACCUGAAGAAGUUUACUGUAAGAGAGGACUGGGUUCCUAUCAAACUGGAUGUUGCAGUAGAGAUGCCUGAUGAGUUGGACCUAUCUCCACUGAGAGGCAGUGGGCUGCAGCCUGGGGAGGAUCCUCUACCGGAGAUCACAGGAGCACCACCACCCUCCCCUGUGCUGGAUCAGGAAGUCCUCAAGCAGUUGAUAGACAUGGGAUUUCCUCCAGAAGCCUGUAAGAAAGCUGUAUACUUCACAGAUAAUAAGGGGCUUGAACCAGCAACAAACUGGGUAAUGGAUCACAUUGGUGAUUCUGAUUUUGCUGAUCCUUUUGUUCCACCUGGUACAGACUUCAAAACAGGAGGGAAAAGCAGUUUUAUUCCAAAUGAAGAUGCUGUUUCAAUGAUAAUGAUGAUGGGUUUCACACGAGCACAAUCCACACGGGCACUGAAAGCAACUGAUAAUGAUGUUGAACGGGCCGCUGACUGGAUAUUCAGCCACCAGGCUGAGCUUGAUUCAGAAGACUCACAGGGAGCAACUGUUGAGCCCACAUUUCGGGAUGGGGGAAGCAGAUAUAGACUAAUCGCAUUUAUCUCACACAUGGGCACUUCAACAAUGGUGGGACAUUAUGUUUGUCAUAUCUUGCGUGAUGGACAUUGGGUCAUCUACAAUGAUAACAAGGUAGCACUUUCUGAGAACCCACCCAAAGAACUGGGCUACCUCUAUCUUUACCAGCGAUUGUAGAAGAUGCAAGAAUAUUUGUGACUUCAUUAUUUGAUUUCUUUUUUGUAAUAAUUUUGUAAACGUCGUAGAAUUAAUUUAUAAAGAUUCUUGUUUAUGAAGGCUUGUCAUGUAUGCAGAUAUUGUAUGUCUAAAAAUUUUUACAUUUACUGCUGACUAGAACCAUGUUGGUUCAUCGCAGUAUUUGUCAUUAAGACUUAACAUUAUUCAGUCAGCUUUAUUAGCUCAGUUAAAUGAGACAUGAUGAAUCAUUAUGAAACUGCUUUAUACUGAAAAUAAAUUAAAACUUUAAUAGGAAA